AUGAAUUCCAACAAGCUCGCCCGGACUGUAUCCAACAUAUCCAACCUAUCCAGGUCUAGCAAGAACGGGAGCAAGGCCAAUAGCAAGGCCAAUAGUGCCGCUACCAGCAGAGCCGGCACUCCCGACGGCGAAUAUGACAAUCCCCUCGAGAAUAUCGCUCGUUGGCGCCUGACCGCUAAUGCUUUCGCCCUCCGUUCGGGCGCCGCCUUUGCAUUCGGACUUCAGAACCUGUCCGCUCCCGUCCCUCCAGCCGCGAAUAGGGUCAUCUGGCUUGACUCGACGCUGUCUGAAUGGGCUGGUAAAGAAAAGAUCAGAGUCGAUGUCUGGCUUCCUCCCCAAACCACACCAGCAAAACCCACCGGGAAGGUCCCUGCAGUCAUCAACUUUCACGGCGGAGGCUUCGUUCUCGGACAGGGUACUGAUGACGCCCGCUGGGCCGGAGCCGUAGCCACCGCCCUGAAUGCCGUCGUUUUCUCCGUCAGCUACCGUCUGGCUCCGGGCUAUCCCUUCCCCACUCCGGUAGAGGAUGCCGCCGACUCGAUCCUGCAGAUCGUCGCACGUGCUGAAGAAUUCCGCAUCGACAAAUCAAAGGUUUUCAUCUCGGGCUUCUCGGCCGGCGGCACCCUGGCCCUCGCCGGCUGGAACCUCCUCCAAGAGCCCCAGAGGUGGGGUUAUGAGCUUAAAUUCCCGGUCCCCGACAUAUCCGGCAUCGUUCUCUUCUACCCACUUCUCGACUGGACCAUCACAAGGCCAAUGAAGCGGCAGACCUGUGGCAGGCCUGACAUGACUCUUCCAAAGGGAAUGACUGAUCUCUUUGACGCAUCCUAUGUAUAUCCUCCGCGACCACGGUCUGAGCGCCAUGACCCACGGCUGUCCCCUGGCCUGAUGACAGACGAGAUGGUGGAUCGGCUUCCGCCCAUUCACCUCUGCAUGUGCGAGUACGACAUGCUCCUCUUGGAGGGUCAGAAGUUUGCUGAACGUCUUCAAUCCCGGGGGCGCCGGAUCAGCACUCGCGUGGUCGAGACAGAAAAGCAUGCAUGGGACAAGCCUCCACCGUUCACGCCAAAAGAGACGGUCAUGGUCGAGUACGGCGAAGCCAUCGCGGCGGUCAAGGAAUGGCUCAGCCCUGACAUCCUUGACGUCCCUAAAAUUUCAGAUGUCAAUACACCCAGAAUAGAGAUUACUAGAGAAGACAGCCUAUGA